ACCGCGAUCAGGAUCAACAUGAGAUUUAUACCGAUCGAACGAUGCCGGCCGCUGAGAAAAACGCAACGCCUCUAACCAGAAGAGAAGAUGCACCGUUUUGCAAAAUAACGAUUUGAAGUUUCCAAACAGCAGGAAGCAGUCUUCAGUGAAACAUACAGUAUAGCACAGCAUACAAAUUGGAUUGAGUAGAGCCAUUUCUGUGCGUACAAGGGAGGAACUUCUCCGGCGCAUCGAUUUUGAAAGUGGUUUUUUAUUUUUGUCCAAGUCUCUACGUACUACACAGCAACUUCUUGGCAUCAACCUUUGACUUCAAGACGCUACCGAAGACGAAGAGGCUAACAAUAACUUUUUCUAUUGGCCCGUUCUUCGAGUUCGGGCAGGUCUACCUCUAGUUGAACCACGUUGGUAUUGUAGCUGGAAUUUUCUUGAAGGCUGAGCAGCUCUCCGCUCCUUCAAAAAAAAAAACCUUGUUAACAUGUCGAUGUCUGGUGUCGUUCUCGGCGAUGGCUGCAAGGAGCUUUUCACGCAGAUGCAGCUUAAGGUACUGGUAUAUUGGAUCGCAUGGCUAAGUGCCGAAUCUGAAAAACGAAAGCCCGGUGCGACGUGUGCAUGUAGUACAUCUUCUGCAUGCACCUCCUCCUGGAGGCAUUCACGUAAAUGCUUAUUUACGUCAUACAGAUACACAUGUAAGUAGAAAUCGACGACAUCGAUAAACAUAAACACUCAACAGCACAACCUCCGAUACUUAACUUUCGAGAUCAAGGACAAGAAGACCAUCGUCCCAGUCGCACAGGCGGACAAGUCAAAAACGUAUAAACAGUAGCACCACCGUGAUGGAAGCACAAUUUGCUUUUUUUUUGCAUUCCAUUUGUUUCAUCCAUCCUCGCUCUUCCCGGAGGCGGAGCUUCUUUCUCCUUCCAACCUCGCUCUCCACUGAAUCAUAAGGUACGCCGAUUUCCUUGGAAUAUUGCCAGCAGGAAAGCCAUUGUAUUGCCUCGUGGAUGUUCCUUUUACUGCCAAAACCGGCGCCGAGACUUCAAAGAUGGUCUUCGUUUUCUGGUACGAAUUGUUUUUUUUUUUCGUCGUGUUGAAGCAUUUCGCCUUUACUUCCUCGUCAGUAUGCGGACCCAUUUUGACCGCGUAAUAGCUGCUGCAACACAUGCAAUUCAUUAAAUUAUGCAAGGUCACGGACACGUGCAUCCAUUUGCAUUCCUGUAUCUAUGAUAAAGUAAGAUGUUGCUGUUUCAGUUGCUUCCUUGUAUUUCAGGUGCCCAGACGACUGUGGAGUAAAGGAGAAGAUGUUGUAUGCCUCCAGCAAGGACGUUCUCCGGAAGACUUUCACCGGAGUAUUGAAUCUUUUGAUUUUUUUAUUCCGCAGGAACAUAGUUAGUACGACAAACAGUUACUCGCUCGCCUAAAGUAGAAGCGAGCACACAAUUGAUUUUUUUAUUCCGUACGAGUCGCUUCUUGUUCUUCUUGUCUGACACACACGAUCUCGUAAUCCUCAAUCUCUCUAUGUAUGAUGGUUGUUGCGAGGAGAAGGUUUACCAAACGCAAAACUGAUUUUUUGUCUUCGAUUCCCUCACUACAGAUCCAGUGCGAGGUCCAGGCAAACGAUAAGGGAGACCUGGUCGAAGCGGAUAUCAUCAAGAAGCUGAUGUAGGUCUUCGAACAAUCCAUUGAGAUUCGCCAUCUUCGGACUUCAAGAGAGCCUGCCUUGCCACCAUAGUCACACCAUGAUUGGAGGCCAAUGGAAGCUUUUCGCGACUUGAAGAAAUCUUGAAGACAAAGAAGUUUUUAUGAUUUGGUGUUAUGAAAACUACCUGAUGUGACGAAUUUUUACGCGUUUACUUUGAUUACCAUUACAAGAUCAGGAUUACCUUACCCUCGUUUUUAGAUCAUGAUUACUCGUAGAGAAAAAAGUUGGGUCCAGUUUGAUGUGAUCAACCUCAGGGUGAUCACAUGUAGAGGUUUCGCAGCUGCGCAAAAUACAGCGCCUCCGAAGGAAUCGGGGACCAGAAGCGUUUUCCGAAGCCUGGCCGGGAGACGAAGUAGCAAAAUCAUCCCCGAGCACUCAGUAGGAGACGUCAGGAAGUACCAAGAAGGGAUGCCUAGUAUCGCAACAUCAACAUAAGUACAAAAAAAGUGCUCUACUGCAGCAAAAUAAGGAGCUGCGAACAAAGGCCCCGUGUGAUGAAGGGACAAUUGCAGGUAGGGGAUCCCCCGCUCGCCGUCCAAUUUUUUGACGUGCCUCAUCGCUAUCACCAGCCCUUCUUGGCAAGGUUGUUUUUUGAGCCGGUUCCUACUGUAUGCGAGGGCUGCCGCCGGGAUGAAAGAACAUCAAGUUCGAAACCUGAAAUAAAAAAUGAUUGAUUCGUACUAGUUUACCACGGACAGAAAAGCAACUUUCUGACAAACUUGUUCUCCACCGCGGUCUCGUGGGUAAGAAAGUUGUUAGUCGG